AUCUGCUGCCGUUUCAGUCAAUGGACGGACUAUAAUGAGUUGCUCUGUCUUCUUGUCAAAGGGACGGGUCCCCAUUGUAAUUUAAUUGAGGUCUGUAAUGAUGUAAUGUGUCAAUGACCGGGGCUAUAUAUGCAAAGCUCACAUCUCUGUCCUGUUGGGAGAAAGGGCUGCAGUCAUGUUCUGUGCAACUCAAAGCAGACGUGACUUGAACAUAUUCAAGCUGUUCACCAGGGCUAAGAAACAUGAAUGUCAGAAACAUCUGUGUACUGGAAAUGCAGUGAAGCCCUACACCCGUCUGGCAAACAAAGCUGCAAUGCCACACCCAGUUCACAGGACACAGAGAGUUCCAGGCUACAAACCAUCCAGAUUUGACAAAAAAAUCUUCCUGUGGUCAGGCCGUUUCAAAACAGAAGAAGACAUACCUGCCACUGUGUCGUUUGAAAUGUUGAAUGCUGCAAGAAACAAGGCUCGAGUGAAAACCUGCUACAUAAUGAUAGGAAUGACUGUGAUUGCCUGUUUCGCUAUGAUUUUAUCCGGUAAACAGGCUGCCGGACGUCAUGAAACCCUGACAAGCUGUAAUCUAGCAAAGAAAGCAAAAUGGAGAAAAGAAGCGCUGUGUGAGCAGUAGAUUGCAUUGGCCGCUGCUUCCAAGAGACCUUAAAACAGCGCGUUUGUCACUGAAUGUUAUGGAGAACCACUUCCUUAAAUUGUUCACAUUUACAGUAUACAGUAUGUUAUUUUAUUGGGGGAUAUCCUAGACUAUAAUUACUAUGGAUAAAUAAAAGCUAGAAGGCUAAAAGGCUGCUGCAAAACCUUUUUGAUACCUCGAUUUUUGUAUUAUAAUUCAAGGAUAUAAGAUGAUGUUGAGUUUCCACAAGAAAUAAUGGUCACAUUUUGGUCACAGUACAAGGUGAAAUGCAAACACAGUUACCCUAUACAUCAGAACCCUGAAUGACCAAAUCAUCAAGUUGUUAAGCUGAAAAAUGGUCUUAUGGACAGUAGCCAUAGCAAAGUCACUCAAAGUACUCUAGCACUGUCAACAACUGGUCAACCAGAUACUGUUUUAGAUACACAAAUAUAAAGUGCUAUAAUUCAAGACAACAUGCUACAUACAAGUAUUUAGAACAUUAGCCAC